UACAUCGAAAAGUUAUUAUCGUAUCGAAAAAAAUUUUUGUUCUAUUCUUAACCUUAAUUUUUAUUAAGCUAUUACAAUGUUCAUGUUUCUACACUUUACAAUCAUCACCUUAAUUGUAUUUAUAUUUUCUAAUUAUCUUAAUUUUAUAUAUCUUUUUGAUAUUUGUAAGCAGUGGCUUUUUAAUGAUAUUAAUGAUUUCCAAUUAUAUGAUUUUAUCGUUGUUGGAGCUGGUACUGCAGGUAUAACUUUAACUACAAGACUAGCUGAACAUGGAUAUAAAAUAUUAUUACUCGAAGCUGGAGGAAUUGCACCACCUUUUUUAGAUAUUCCACUUUUAGCUCCUCUAAUUCAAAACAGUCCAUAUGAUUGGCAAUAUAUCACUAUACCUCAACAAAAUGCUUGCAAGGGUUUAAACAACAAUCAAAGCAAAUGGCCAAUUGGUAAACUUCUUGGUGGAACUAGUAGAUUAAACUACAUGCUUUAUGUACGAGGACAUCCUUUAGAUUAUAAUGAUUGGAUUCCAGAUUUUAUUGAACCUAUCAAAAAGAAAGGUGGUUCAAUGCAUAUAAGUGAUUUAGAAUGGAAUAGUGGUCUUGCUGAUAUAAUCUUAAAAGGACUGCAAGAAUUAAAACAAAAUAUUGGCAAUAUUAAUAAUAAUUUAAAAAAUGGUUUUAUGAAAGUACAAUUAUUUAUGGAAAAUGGAAAACGAUGGAGUACAGAUAAAUUAUUAUAUAAAUCUCUAAAACAUAAAUUAACUAUUAUUACUUAUGCUCAUGUUGAGAAAGUAUUAAUGGAAUCAAAUAGAGCAGUAGGAGUACAAUUUGUUGCAUUAAAUAAAAAAUUUAAAGCAUUCGCAAAAGAAAGUGUUAUUUUGUGUGCUGGUGCAAUUGGUAGUCCAAAAAUAUUAAUGUUAUCUGGUUUUGGACCAAAAAAACACUUAGAAGAUUUAAAAAUAAAUGUAAUUAAUGAUUUACCAGUAGGUCAGCAUUUGGUAGAUCAUGUGCUUACUGGAAUUGACCUAAUAAUGCUUAAUGUAAGCAUAGGUCUCAGUAUGGCUAAUACUUUGAAUCCUAUGUCAGCAUUAAAUUAUUUUAUGUUUGGAAAAGGACCUUGGACAUUUACAGGAGUUGAAGUUUUAGGAACAUUUCACAGUUCUUUUCAAAAAAAUAAAUCAAGUAUACCAGAUUUAGAAAUAAUGGUAAUGCCAGUUGGAUUAUCAAGAGAUUAUGGAAUUGUUUUAAAAGAAACUAUGGGAAUUUCUGAAAAAAUAUACAAUGAAUAUUUUGGUCCUAAUUUAUAUAAAAAUACAAUAACAAUUGCUCCAGUGUUAUUACAUCCUAAAAGUAAAGGAGAGAUUAAAUUGAGAAGUAGUAAUUCUUUUGAUCCACCUUUAAUUGAUCCAAAAUAUUUAUCAAAUGAAGAUGAUAUUGCACUUCUUAUAGAUGGAUUGCAAUUCGUUAAAAAACUUAUUGAAACCAAUGCCAUGAAAAGUAUUGGUGCAUCUAUUUAUAAAAAACAUUUUCCUGGCUGUGAAAAUGAAAUAUUUGAUAGCACAAACUAUUGGAAAUGUUACGUACAACAUUUAACUUUAACUUCGUAUCAUCCGGCCGGUACAUGUCGGAUGGGUGAUGUUGUUGAUCAAACAUUUAAGAUUUAUGGUACAACAAAUUUAUAUGUAAUCGAUGCAUCUGUAUUUCCAUUUUUACCAAGUGGUAAUAUUAAUGCUGCUGUUAUUAUGACUGCCGAAAGGGCCUUUCAUAUAAUUCAACAAAAUACAAAAUUUCGUAAAAAUCGUACAAAAUGUUAUAAGCCAUAUGAUUAUUAUCAUAUACCUUAUGAUUAAUAAAUGGAAAUAAUUCUUCUAUUUAAUAUA